AUGUCGACCGCCAACGGCGCCCUCACGCCGCCCCCGGCGCCGCAGGACGCUGAACCCACCAACGCCUCGCCGUCCGCCGCGAAACGCAAGCGCUCCACCAGCCAAGCAAACGCGCUCGCCGACCGCGACCAACCCGCGCAAAAGCCCGAGUCUGCGCGCAGUGGCGCCCGCACCCUCAAGGCCCUGCUCGACGACGUCCUUGACAUCCUCAAAAGCUACGACACGACCCCGUCCAUCCUCGACCAACCCAUUCGUAGCAAUGGAGACCGCGCAGUGUCCGGCGAGCCCACCACGAAGCGCACCAAGCUCGCACAGCCUCCGGCUGCAGCCUCGUCCAUCGUCGCAAAAGUCGAGUCCGACGCAUACGCGUCCCUAGACGAACUCGUCGCCGACGUCGAUUCUGUCUGCUCUCAGCUUCUUGCCUCCGUCAACCCCCAGCAUGCAUCCUCCGAAGCCGACACUAAACUCCUCACUGGCACUCUGGCAUUGAAGAAGGUUUUGAAAAACAUCGUCAUUCGGGAAACACAACGCAAGGCCGCUGUCGACGCCAAAGUCGCCGAGAAGGCCGACAGCGCUGAAGAUGAGGAGAAAGAGGAGGCCAACGGUGUCGUCAAACAGGAACCCGUAGAAGACGAGGUCGACAGUUUCGCGGGCAGCAGAGCAGUCCUGACCCUCUUCGCGUCGGCGCAGGGCAACAAGCAACUAUUCUCCAGUCUGCAGAAGCCGGUCAAGGUUGAGGGCAGGAAGACCGAGGGCGAGACGAGCGAACUCGAGAGUGCCGUCGAUGUGACGCUUCCGCUGGAUGAGAGUGGCCUUCCGAGCAUGAUAUCGUCCACCAAGAUUGUUCCCGUUCACACUGAAGAUGCCAUUGGCGGAAAGAGCAAGGCUUUGACAUUUGGGGAAGUUUUUGGUCCUCCACCCAAGUUUAGAGAUUUGAAGCCGCCGGUUCCUGCGAGUCAAACUGUGAGCAAAGGAAACACCAUUACGUGGGGCCAACAAGAUCUGACCCUGCGGACCGGCCGCCGCGGUUCUUCUUAUUCCAGCCAAAGACUCACCGCAGGAGACUGGCUUGGUUACAGCGGCGUGGACGUUGAGAAAGAGCCUUCGUCGCCAUCUGCGAAGAGGAAACAAAGAGAUCGAGCACUCAGCACCGGCGAGGUCAACCCUCCCCUUCCGGAUGAAGAGCAAGCGAGGUUGGAUAAGGCAAAGACCGAUGCUCUGUUCCGGAGCGUAUACUCCAGUUUUGCACCCACACAUGACGAUGGCGUGGCGGUCAUUCCGGAAGAGACCAAGAACCGGGUGUGGUGGCAGAAGGUUGGAGAGAAGAGGUUCAAUGAGAUUUUCGCCCUCGACCCGGCACUGGUAGAUGCCCAGCCAGGCGAGGCCAUGGAGGGUGUGUCUGCCGAUGAGAACGGGAACGAGGAAGAAGCCUUCAAGGAAGCCGCCGAGCAGUUUACCCCCGAGGAACUCAAUGUCCCCGAGAAGUCGGAGAAGGACAGGCAGAACCAAGAGAUUGACGAGCUGCUGCAAGAGAUUUCCGAGCUUUUGGAGACGCUCCACUCGCACCAGAGAAUCAGGCAAAGCACUUUGGCGCCCGCGACAAGAACCCCUGCAGGCCAAGACUCCUCGGUUCAGCCGUCAACUCCUUCAUCAGAUGAGGUGGACGUUUACAACUUGUUGAAGACCCAACUUUCUUUGAUGGUUUCUCAGUUACCUCCGUACGCUGUGGCCAAGCUGAACGGGGAUCAGUUGGAGGACCUGAACAUCAGCAAGAAGCUUGUUAUCGAGACCAAGGACUACCGCGGUGUCAUGGAAGAGGAUCAAGUUUCCAAGCUGGCAAAAUCGGCCGCUAUCGGCGCUACCGUUGGAGCUUCGGCCGUUCGCCCACCAGGAUAUCCGCCAGCGAGCCAGUACGCCCGCACCCCGGCCGCACCUCCGUAUGCCUCCAGAACUGUCGGCGGCCCGCCUUCCUAUUACUCGCAACAGCAGGCACCCAAUCGGACACCAUCGGUGCCCCGCUACGCGCCUCAAGGCUACCAGACCCCGGGCGCGUACGCAUCCACUGCGCAGCGUCCUUCAUACGGUGGAGCUGCGUAUGGGCAGCCUCCCAGACAACCGUCUUAUGGUGCAGCAGCGUCAACGUACGGACAGACGCCUGCCUACUACGGACGGGGACCCCCGGCUGGAUACGGUAUGGCGCCUUCUUAUUACCAAGCGACGCCGCAAGGUGCGGCGCAAAGUCGCUACAUGCAGCCUGGCUCGGCCUACCCGCCACGUACGCAAGGAGCCGCGCCAAUGUACAACUACACAGCGACCGGUAGCCCACAGGUUCGCACGGCAUCACCACUGAAGCAGGGGCAACCUGGUGCCGCACAAACGCCGUACCCCCCACAACGUCCCCCUUCGGGCAAUCCAUACGGAACCCCUGGGCAGCAGCCGCAACGUGCUUCAUACUAUCCCCAAACUCCAUAUGGCACCAGUGCGCAGUCCGCACAAGCCCUCACCCCGUCAGCGAAUGCCAGCUACCAUGCGAGCAUUCAAGCGCAUGCUCGAGCAACUUUGGGUGUGUCUGCAAUGCAAGCUAACAUUGGCAGAGGGUCUAGCGGUACACCUCAGCCGCCCGGUAGCUCUGGUUCGGGUAGCCAGCCCCAGGGUCAGGGUCAGGGCAGCACUACGGCAGUAGCGUCGUGA